UUUUAUUUAUGAAAGCAAAGCCGGAGAAACUAUUCUACUCCCAAAAAGAGUGGGAAUUGAAGAACAGAAGGAAGCAGCCAUUACUACAGAUGACAGACAUAAAAACUCCAAUUGGGGGCUCUCCCAGUACACCUGGAAAUAUAAUGUCCAACAGAUAUAGGAGUGCUAACAGAGUUAGACUCAUUAGAGACAAUCAACAUGUUCCUUUAAACAAAAGUUUAACAAAGAGAUUUCAAUCCAAAGACUUCAAUUUAAGAGACCCAAAAGAGAAAUACAACUAUCAUGCAAGAGUUAGAAAGAGCUUGAAUCCUGAAAUCGCUGCUAAGAAUAGGGCUACUUUCAAUUCUAAAACAUCCUAUUUAGCUCCAUAUGUGAAAGACCCUAAAGAAGCUGUUAAAUACUGGAAAAAGAGAAAGAAUACUGUCAAAAGGAGUCUUCAUAAGAGCAUUGACAACACUGUCAAUGCUAAUAAAUUUAAUAGUUUGAAUAGCUAUAAUUCUUUUGACCAAAGGCCUCUUAAUAUAUCAACUCAUGAGUCCAACAUUGAUCAAGAUAAUGAAUCCACUAUGAAUUUGAUGCAAUGAGCUAAAGAUUUCUUGCUAUUGUUGAAUAAAUUUAGUCAUGCAUAUCCAGACCAGAUCGAUACCUCAAAAGUGGAAAGAGUGAUUACAAACAUUUCUGCUGAAGCAAAGAGCAUUGAAGAAAGGAGGAUCUCUGAAAUAGAAGAUUACAAAGAAAGUUAUCCAUAUAAUGAUGAAGAUUUAACUAACUUUAUUAAUGGAUCAACGCUUCCUGUCAGCUUAGAUGCCAAUAAAGGCUCUUAUAAUCAUUCCAAGGGUGCAUCACAAAAAUAAGAAAAGUAGUUUGAAUGUCAAAUUUGGCUCUUCAAGUCGGAAGGACUUGGAAAAAGAAACCAAAUCUAGUGUGAAAGACUAUGAUACUGAGGAAAUAAUGAAUGAGUAUAUGAAUGAAUUAAAUCAUUGCCUGAAAUGUUAUCCUAAAGACAGCAUGCAGGCAGCAAGACUGUUUUAUAGAGGAUUUCCUGAGAUGAUUCAAAGAAAUUUAUGCGUUCCAGUAAUUUCAGACUAAUUUUUCAGAACAUUGCUCAGAGAUUAGAAUAUAAAAUGAACAUGUAUCCAAAGAAGCAUAAAAUUUACCAAAAAUCCCAAAAAUCUCAUAAUUCUCAAAAUUCCAAUAUCCAAAAAUCAGCCAGGCCCUCUUUAGCUCAGGAACCCACCAAGCGUGUUACCUUCAGCGAUAAAGACAUUCAAAGCGGGAAAAACGAAUCUCAAUUCUCCAAUUACCAAAUCUAGACUCAAAAUCGCUCUCCAAAUUCCCAAAAAGUACUUAAACCUACUUUUCAACACACAAA